AUGUCGUUUAUCAUUGGUCUUGCUGGGCCAGCUGCCUUGCUGCUGUUUGGUGCCUGUGGUCUUGCUUUGAUUGCCUAUGUGGUUUACAUGCUUUACCUCCACCCACUAGCCAAAUAUCCCGGACCAUUUUUGGCAAAGUUCACGCAUGCAUACGCUGCUUAUCAUGCAUUCAAGCAGGAUAUCCAUCUUGAUAUGUGGAGAUGCCAUCAGAAAUAUGGUAACUUUGUACGCUACGGACCAGAUCGUAUGCUUAUUAACACAGCAAACGGACUAAGAGAUAUCUAUGGAAUCAACAAAAACGUAACCAAGUCCCAAGGCUACAAUGCUAUGGUCCACCGCGUCCCCUCGGUGCUCACUAUCCGCAACAAGAAAGAGCAUUCUGAUCGUCGCAGACUCAUCGGCGAAGGUCUCUCUGACUCUGCAAUCCGCAGAUACGAACCGGUUAUAUUAAACCAUAUCAACCACCUUGUUGAUGUUAUAGCACCGAAUGAAGGCGAGGAGGCCGAGUACAAGAAAGACCAGACAUGGAGCAUAUCACGAAAUAUGGCAAAACUGUAUUUGACAACAGGCAACUACCUCGCCUUCGACAUAAUGUCCGACGUCGUCUUCGGCAAACAAUACAACCUCCUCGGUGUCCCAAAAUACCGCUUUCUUCCCGAUGCCAUUGCCGGCUCCAACAUCCGUACCACGGUACUCCUCUACCUUCCCGGCCUCGUCCGCGGCCGCCUCGACAAAAAGCUCUUCCCCGCCUGCAUCAAAGCUCGUAACGCAUUCCUCUACUUUAUCGGUAAACUCCUGCAUGAACGCCUACAAGUCACCUCUCCCAAACGACCCGAUGUAUUUUCCGCUCUCUCCAGCGAGAAUCGGAGGGCGGGCAAGGACGCAUUGGGCCCAGAGCAGCUGGGUGCCGAGAGUACGACGUUGGUUAUUGCCGGGAGCGAUACGACGUCGACGGCUAUGUCAAGUGUUUUCUUCUACCUGGCUCAUAACCGCACUUGCUAUCAAGCUGCUGUUGACGAAGUCCGCUCGAUGUUUACUUCCAGGGACGAAAUCAAGAUCGGUGCCAAGUUGAACUCUUGUGUUUACGUGCGAGCUUGUAUUGAAGAAGCCAUGCGUAUUACACCUCCUAUUGGCGCAUCCCUGUUUCGUGAAGCUGGGCCAGGAGGCGUAACGGUCGAUGGGCAUUUCUUCCCGGCGGGUAUGGAUGUGGGAACAUCGAUCUAUAGCAUCCAUCAUAAUGCAGAGUAUUACCCUCGUCCCCAUAAGUUCGAGCCGGAGCGCUGGGUGCUGAAAUCUGGGGCGACGACGGCGGAACAACUGGCGCUUGCUAAUGCGGCAAUGAAUCCGUUCUCUAUUGGACAGAGGGCUUGUAUUGGGAAGUCCUUGGCCAUUGUGGAGUUGAUGCUUACGUUUGCGACGGUGUUGUGGACGCUUGAUUUGGCGCUGGUAGAUGGGAAGGAGGGGGAGACGGGGAGGGGGAAGGAGGUUGGUGCGCCGUUGGGGAGGAGAAAUCCCGAGGAGUUUCAGUUGUAUCAUGGGGGGAUUACGAGUGAGAAGGAGGGACCUAUGUUGAAGUUUUCGAGGAGGGAGGUGAAGGCUGAGCAAAUGGAGCUUGAUGCGGCGGUUGACGAGACGAAGGAGAGAAUGUUUGUCAUUCGCGAGGAGGAAAUUGUUGAAAUAUAG